AUGUCCUCGACGAACAAGAAAAUCUUCUACACAGCAGCAGAAGAAGGAUUGGUGAUUUUUUUAAAAUUUGUGUUUUGGAUUUAACUUUUUACCUUUUUUAUUCAACAAUUCCAGUCCGAACUGGAGUCCUUGGUGAAGAAAGAGCCUCAAUCAUUAAAAGAAGUGGAUCAUCGUGGGCGAAAUGCGUUGUUCUACGCGGCGAUGACUGAUAACUUGAAAAAUGCCCAAUUUUUAAUCAAGUUUGUUUUUUUUUGUUGCUUUGACGUCGUGGGGAAUGAAUUGAUAACAAUUCUUUUGCCUUCCAGAAUUUUAAAACAGUAAGACUCUUUUGGAAUAAUUGAAGAAAUUUUUCUAAGUCUAUUUAAAACGGGUCUAAAAGUUUCUAUAAUUUAUCGAGUUGUUGAAUUUAUCAACUCUUCCUUUUUCCUUGAAUAAUCGAAAACAACUGAGGAAUUUUAAAGUGGUACCUAUAAGGGUUAGGGGGAAAACACCCAUAUAGGGACCGCAAAAGAGAUCCCUAUAAGGACAUAAUCAAGGUGAUCCCUAGAGGGGUUUAGGGUUUGGCUCCUUAGCCCCCAAAGCUUGAGUGGUCCCUAUAAGGGUCGUUCAAGUUUAUUCAAAAAAGGUUGUUUUUGUCAGUUUUUGCAUGGAAAUGCUUCUCCGCAUAGAGUUCGUAAAAACUGGCAUGCCCCCUAUAGGGGCCACUAACUAAAACCCCUAUAGGUACCACUUUUUCAAGUUUUAGUGUACUCUAUAGAGGUUACUAAAGUGGUGCCUAGCCAGGACCCUCCAAGGGCCCCUAUAGGGACCACUCUGGAGCUCCUAAGAACUUAAAAACUGGAAAAUCUUACAGAAAAGGCUUAUCACCAUCAGACGUGGACUCAUAUCAGGCAACGCCUCUUCAUUGGGCGACAAGAUGUGAUUCCUACAAGGUUCAUAAGCACAUUAUCUAAUUUAUUUUUCAGUUGUUUCAGGUUGCCAGGCACCUGAUAUCCCUUGAAAAAGGGAAAGAACAAGUUCUGCGAAAAGAGAAGGACCAAGUGACUCCCCUACACACGGCUGCAACUAAACACGGCUCGAAAAUUUUGAAGUUUAGUUUUUUAAAUCUGCAAAGGAGCCUUAAAAUUGAACUUCAGAUGUUCCUGGAGUUGUUAUCAGAGGAAAAAGAUUUAUAUGACAAAACGAAAGAUCGACGAGGACGGUCUCCAUUGCAUUAUGCGGCUUGCAGCGUGAAUAUCGACGCUGUGAAGGCGAUUUUAGGUGUGUUAUGAAUAGGCAACCGCAACCCGUUAUUAAUAUAGCUUUUAACCCUAAAAAUCAACGAAAGUAUGCUGGGAAAAUAUUUAAGUGGACACUAUAGGAUUUUGACGUUUUAGUGGCCACUAUAGUAGUCGAUUUAGUGGCCACUAUAGAGGUCUAAGUGCUCACGGCGUUCCCAAACGGGGUGGCAAGACGUCAAAAAAAUUUUGGCGCGAAGUUUGAAAUCUACAGUACUUCAGCCGAAGGCGAUCGAACAAACAAGUUAUUAACGUUGAAUACUCAGUUUAAUUUGUGACGUAGAAUGACGUCAUUUUAUCCGUAGCGCGCACAAAUUUUUUUCUGUAAAUUUAGAAACUUUGACGCCUCGCUCACCUUCCUCACCCCCAUUAGGAACGCCGUGGUGCUACUACUGGUCCACAACAAAUUUCAGUGGCCACUUUAGGGAUCAAUGGAUCAACAUAACUGGUCCAAUCUGUUCGUUUAAAAAUUAUCAGAGUAACUGAAAGGAAUACUGGAUGAAAAACUACUAAAGUGGUCACUAAAUCGGUAAAUAGUGGCCACUUUAGUGUCUUCUCCAGGUAGUCCUUGGCGAGCCUCUAGUGGCUACUAAAAUCUUUCCAAGUGAAGUGUGAUUUAUUUGCGCUCGAAUUUGUCUGUCUUCACUCAUGAAUACCAGAGAGGUCCCUGUAGGGGUACAAAAAAUCGACUGGCAUGUCCCCUAUAAGGGUCACUUUUGAGAAUUAGUGGUCCCAAGAGGAGAUGGUAAAGUGGGCUCAUUCAAAAGCCUGAGGAUUCCCCUAUAGGGACCACUUCGGAGUUCCGGAGUGUUUUCUGACGUGAUGAACUUCUAGAUGCGAAACUCGGCUAUCCAAUCGACCAGAAAGACAUUUACGGCGUAACACCGCUGAUGUGUGCCGUCUGUGUCGCACUUCCACAAACCCCAGCCGUCGUCCGAUUUCUCAUAAAGUUCUUCUGUCUUCCAAGCCGUCGAUAGCCUAGUUCAGAAGGAAGCCGCCUUCAAGGGAAGCGAGGAAUAAAGACGGCCAGACGGCGCUGCACCUCGCCGUCGCUUCUCAGAACGUCGCCAUGGUCAAGCUCCUUGUCGAGGAGCUCGAAUGCCAGUUGGAGGUUUCCAAAAGUCAAGGGAAGUUCCUGAACUUCAUCUUCAAGGCUCCCGACGAAGAAUCCCGAACGCCUUUGCACUACGCGGCGGAACAAGGCUUCGACGAGAUAGUUACGGUUUUGUUGAACAAUGGAGCGAGAAAUUCGACAAGGUUUGUUCAAGGGAUCACUUUAGGCAUUUUGUUGUGGAUGGUUCAUUCAUGAAUCGCUUUUUUUUUCGAUUUGAUAAUACGAAAAAUGCCUUAUCGCCGCGACUUGAACGUUUCCGCGUGUCUGAGGUCAGAGAAACGUGAAAAUAGCACGUCAACAUGAGAGGGUCGCCGAGAGUCGCGGAGGGCGCAGAGAAAAACAGUUAAAGUCGCGAAAAACGGAGUAUAAACGGAUCUUUUUGAAAAGUUUUCCAAAAUUAAAAAGGCUCGAGAGGGUGGUUAGUGGGCGUGGCUUAGCGCAACUGAUGCGCAGUUAUGAGAGACGUUUCUCCGCCUGGAUUUUUUUUUUUUUGAGUAAACUUUUUCGAAUUUUGAUUUCUGCGGAGGAAAAAUGAAUCAAAAAAGGUUUUAAAAAGUAAAAAUGCUCGAGAGGGAGGUUAGUGGGCGUGGCUUAGCGCAAAUGUCGCGCAGUUAUGGGAGACAUUUCUCCGCAUGGAUUUACGGUCAUGAGUAAAUGUUUUUGACUGUUAAUUUCUGCGGAGGAAAAAUAAAUCAAAAGUAUUUCGAACAAAAAAUGAAUUCUCUUGAUUUGUCGCAAAAUCGCUAAAAAUUUUCACGAUAAUUAUUUUGCAAAAAUUAAACUUUUCUUCUUUUUUCGGUUAUUUUUCAGUUUUCUUUCACUGAAAUCAGCCGGAAAUCCAAUUUUUCGAUAUUUAAAAUAAAAAGAAAAAAUUAAACAUGCAGUGACCACUUAAGGGACAAGUUUGGCGUCACUCCGGCCCACUACGCCGCCCAAUUUAGCGUCAAAUGCUUGGAUCUUUUAUUGACCCGGAGCCACAUCACGGUAUAGUCGAUGUGCCACAAGUUGAAAUUUCAUGGAACGACAUUCCGCUGUUUCGAUUUGUGCGGUAGCGCGCAUCGUGCGAAUUUGCCAACUUCGGCCAAUUUUUUCGGUUUUAAUCUUCAUUUUAUAAGCCACUCACUUUUUGAAAAAAUCCAUUAAAAAAUGCGACAAACAGAAAAAAAACGACGAAAACAUUAAAACAUGGCUUUAACAAAACAACACUUUUUUUAUCGCUCUUUUCGAGGAAGAUCAUGAAAUUUACUGUGUUCUUUCGUUCACAUUUGUACAACGCAAUCCUUUUCAACGAUUAUAAUACAUUUUAAAGAAAUAAAAAAAUUAAAAAAAACGAUCAAAAUUAGAAUUAAAACCAAAAAAACUAGCAUGGCCGAGGUUGGCAAAUUCGCACGAUGCGCGCUACCGCACAAAUAAAAACAGCGGAGUGUCGUUCCAUGAAAUUUCAACUUGUGGCACAUCGACUAUAGUUUCCUGAAGAUUUUCCGUUUAAAUUUUGAUUUUGAGGAAGUGAAAGACGAUCAGAAUCGAACUUGUCUGAUGUGGGCGGCCGUGGCGGGAAACGUCGACGCGAUUCAUUAUCUCAUACAGAGGAAAGAGGCCCCGGAUCGGCAUGCCACGGUUUAGUUUUCACAAUGGAAACUUUCUUUUCAUAAUUUUUUACCGGUUAUUCUGAAAAAAAAUUGGUUUCUACUGUACUCGGACCUCGGUAACGAAAACCAGAGAGUAUAGGACAAAAGCACCGAUUCCAAGAGCGCCGUUCAAAUUGAGCGCCAGUCCGCAAUGCGCCGUCGCGUGUAUGCGCCGUGUAUACAGACGCCGCUUUCUUUUGCGCCGAGUCCGUUUGCGCCGAAUCGUUUUGCGCCGUUAUUUCAAACUUUUAUUUUUUCGCUCUUUUUUCAUUAUUUUUUAAUAAUUUUUUACUACACAUUCAUAUACGACUCGAAUAAUUUUCGCGCCAUCUGUUAAUAUGGACUUUUCUGCCGCAUUUUCGAAAAAACUCGAACUAUUGUUUGAAGAAAAUGAGUUCAACGUUACGAAAAACGAUUUUCUGCUGUUUCACGUCUGCUAGAAUUGAAACUUUGCCUUACCUAACGCAGAAAAUUUGCAAUCACAAAAAAAAUCACUCAGUAUGUCGUUUAAAGCAAUAAUUUUUUUUAUCCAUUCUCUUUUCCUUACGUUUUCUGUAUUUUUCGAAAUCAGAAAAGCAUAUUUGCUUUUUAUUUUUUUACUUUGAAAAGAAAAAAAGGGGAAAAAAAUAUUUUACCUGGACCAAAGUGGACCUAAAAACUCAUCAUUAACGGAUAGCGCGAAAAAUUAUUCGAGUCGUAUAUGAAUGUGUAGUAAACAAUUAUUAAUAAAUAAUAUAAAAAGAGCGAAUAAAUAAAAGUUUGAAAUAACGGCGCAAAACGAUUCGGCGCAAACGGACUCGGCGCAAAAGAAAGCGGCGUCUGCAUACACGGCGCAUACACGCGACGGCGCAUUGCGGACUGGCGCUAAAUUUGAACGGCGCUCUUGGAAUCGGCGCUUUUGUCCUAUACUCAAACCAGACGCGCCACAGGGAGCACUUCUAGGGAUCCCUUAAGAGACUUCUGCACUCUUAAGAGACCACUUGAAAUUCUCAGAAACUUAGGUACUAUAAAGUGGUCCCUAUACAAAUAAGUGCUCAAGUUACUCUGUAUUGAUCCAAAAUUUGGUUAGUCUCUUAAGGGGUUCAGGAUCGGACCUACCCUAUAGGGGCCACUUGCAAGCUUUAGUGACCCCUGUAAGGGUAGGUUAAAGGGAACCUUGAAGCCCCUAUAGGGGCCACUAAGGAGUUUCUGAAAAGUUUAUUUAACCGAGGUCCGAAUAAAUAAUGUAAAAAGGUUAAACUUCACGGUCUUUUCAUAUUUUAAACUUCAAGUCACCGCUGAAGCUCCGCCCCCCCCGAUUAACCAAUCAGAGAGCGUUUUCUAAUGACGUCAUUGACUUGAAAUUUAAAAUCUGAACGGAUUGUAUGAAAUGGAAAAAUAAUAAAAACGAGAAAAGCAGGACAAGUACGGCUACACGGCUCUACACUUGGCGGCAAUGGCUGGAAACGAGAAUGUCUGCAAAAUAUUGGUCAAUCAAGGCUGGAGCAUCUCGGUGAGUUUUAUGGGAAAAAAUCGAGAAUGUUCGCUCUAAUGCGAAUCUUGAAAAACCACUUUCUACGCCAGAGUGGUUGCUAGAGGGACAACCGUAGGGGCACUGAUUUUUUUUUCCAAGGAACUAGCGACAGACCAUUCACUCCUAUAGGGACCACUUAGAUUUUUUCCCUCUAGGGAGCAUGUUCUGUCACUUUUUCAAAUAUAUGUUUAACCGCUUUUUUGCUUUCCUGACUCCACUUAAGCUUGAGGAACUAGUGACAGACCAUUCACUCCUAUAGGGACCACUUGGAUUUUACCCCUCUAGGAAGAACUUUCUGCCCCUAUUUAACCGCUUUUUGCAUCCCUGACCCCUAUAGGGACCACUCAGGCCUUCCCAAAUCAAAAAGUUGUUAGACGGAACUCUUCAUUUCUCCCAACCUUAGGUCUGAAAAUUCCAAUGAUUCCCAGGAAAGGGACAAGUCCAACAAUACGGCGCUGCAUUUGGCGGUGGGGCGCGGUUACACGGAAAUCGUCAGAUUUCUCGUGACUUCCGGCGCCAAUAUGAACGAGAGGGAUGCCGUUGACAGGUUCGAGCUGGGAAAAAAAGGACUUUGAGAUCAUUUUCGCUCCACCGAACUUUUUUUCCAGAACUCCAGUGUUCUGGGCGUGUCUCGGAGGCCAAUCACACACCCUUCACUGCAUGAUCAAAGAGCUGGGGUUCGAAUGGAGGACUGGAGGGUACUGUAGUAAUUAUUGAUUAUUUGAUCAAUCGAUAUUGAUUCAGAAAAGAUCAACGGCCGAUCACAGACGCCCUGGGACGGACGCCGUUGCAUGCGGCCGCUUUUUCCGGCUUUUCCGCUUGUAUCAAUGUUCUCCUCAAUGUUGGAUCUUCCUUUUUUAGAUCAAUACAAUCAAUUUUGUAGAUCGAGGAAGAAGACGAUUGCUUGAAGUCGCCGCUCGUCGGCUGGAGAGAUCACGAAGGUGAUCCCUAG